CGGUGCGAUCGUGGUAGCCGCGAGUUUGAGCCGCGCGUUCCGUGCCCGCGUUUGUGUGCGUGUGUCCGCGAACCGCCGUCGUGCCGUGUGUACGUGUGUGUGCGCGUGUGUGCGCGUGUGCCAGGCCGCCGACGGCCGGCCCGCGUUGGUGACCCUGCAGUGAUACAAAGGCGACGACUGUGACCGAUGCACGUCGCGACGGCGUGAAAGCUGGUCGACUACAACGACGACGACGACGAGGAGGAGGAGGAGGGGAGAAAGAGGGAGCCAGAACAAUAGGAAGCGCGAGGUGGGCGUGGGAAGUGAUGGGUGUCACCGAGACGCCGACGGUGACGGCGACGGGAAAAGCGGGCUGAGUUAUGGAGGAAGUCACCGCGCCGGAAAAGCGUCGCCGCUGAAGCGUCAUCCGCGCCCCGUUGCACCUCGCCGUCGACCGCCACCCAGACCGCCACCAUGUCGAGCAACCGGCGCAUCUGGAACUCCAUGAUGCGACGCCAGAAGGCAGUGUCCCUGCAGCCCUCCAUGUCCACGUCGUGCAUGGUGGCGCCCAAGGACGCCAAGGAGGGCGGCAAGAUGCUGCCGCUGCAGCAGUCCAUGAGCACCUCGCACGUCCCCAGCGGCGUCGGGGGGUUCUUCUCCAGGAGGAGUGAGUGCCGCCCCGGUCCGUCCUCCACGUCCUUGUCGCUGCCGCGCGGCUUCGGCCCCGAGCACAUGGGGGCCUUCGCCAAGAGGCAGAAGCAGGACAAGAAGGACAAGAAGAAGCAGGAGAAAGAGAGUAGGGAGCAGCGUGACAGUGAGGACACGUCAGGUGAGUGGCGUAGAGCUGGCGUUGCAGAUGGACGGGAUUUCGACACCUCCUACGAGAAGGCCUGCCGACGGGGCAGCGCCCCCGCCACUCCGGUGCUGGGCGGCAGAGGACUCGAGCUCACGCCCUCCAGGAUAGUCAACUUCUUCUCCAAGAGGUCGUUCCGAGCCAACCCCCUCAAGCGCACCAAGAGCGUCACCAAGCUGGAGAGGAAGCGGGUUCUUGAUGCGGACGGCGUUGGCGGCCCGCCGAGGCUGCGCACGUCGCGGUCCCACGAGUCGCUGCUGUCCAGCCAGAGCAUCAUGCAGACGCUGGACCUGAGCGCGGCCGCGGGGCCGGGCGGCUGCGGCGGCGUCGAGAUCAAGCCGCUGCACCCGUCCGUGCUGGGCCGCGAGCACUGCUUCCAGGUGACGCUCGCCGCCGGCACGCCCCGCUACUUCUCGUGCCGCUCGGCCGACGAGCGCGACAAGUGGGUGUACAGCCUGCGCCGCAGCGUGCAGCCCGACCAGGAGCACAUGCGCCGCACCGACAACUCGCUCAAGAUCUGGAUCCUGGAGGCCAAGGGCGUGGCCAACAAGAAGAGGUACUUUGCCGAGCUCUGCCUCGACAAGACCCUGUACGCGCGGACGUCCUCCAAGCAGAAGGGGGAGAUGUGCUUCUGGGGAGAGCAUUUCGACUUCCACAACCUCCCCUCGGUAAAUGUCAUCAAUAUCAACCUUUACCGCGAGGCCGACAGGAAGAAGAAACGGGACAAAAAUGUUCUUGUUGGGAGUGUCAGCAUACCAGUGCACGAAGUGACCUCCAGGUACCUCACCGAAAAAUGGUAUCCUGUGAUUUCUGAAAAAGUUGUCACCAAGGAUCCUCCUGCACUCCGAGUGAAAUGCCGAUUCCAGACUGUAGAGAUUUUGCCCAUCCAAGUCUACCAAGAAUUCAUUCAGUACUUAAAAUCAGAUUAUAAACCACUUUGUGAGGUGUUGGAACCUGUGAUUGGAGUGAAAGCUAAAGAGGACAUUGCCACGGCAUUAGUUCAUGUCAUGCAGAGAGAAGGUUUGGCCAAGCAGUUCCUUGCUGAUAUUGUGAUGAUGGAUAUCGAUAGAGUUGAUGAUUCCCGCUUAACUUUCCGAGGCAAUUCCCUUGCCACAAAGUCAAUGGAAGCGUACCUGAAACUAACAGGAGAUCGCUACCUGCAAGAAACUCUUGGUGAACUUGUUGCGACAGUCUUAACUGCAGGACAUGAUUGUGAAGUUGACCCACUGAAAGUGGCAUCAGUUUCUGCCCUUCAGAGACAACAGCAGAAUCUACGAGCUGCAGUUGAAAUGGCUUGGACUAAAAUACUUGAAAGUCACACAAUCUUCCCACUGGAACUGAGGGAGUGCUUCCAUAUGUUCCGCCAACGUUUGGCAGGAAUGGGCAGAGAAGAUGUUGGCCAACAUUUGAUAUCUGCUUCACUGUUCCUGCGUUUCUUGUGCCCAGCGAUUCUCUCACCCAGUUUGUUCAACAUAACCCAUGAAUACCCCAAUGAGAAGGGUGCAAGAAAUUUGACAUUAGUAGCAAAAACGUUGCAAACUCUUGCCAAUUUCACAAGGUUCCAAGGGAAGGAAAAUUUCAUGGAAUUCAUGAAUGAUUUCUUAGAAAGGGAGGCUCAAGCUAUGAAUGACUUCCUCAAGCUUAUAUCUAGUCCAGUGCCAAAGGAAUAUCAACCUCACCUUCAUCUUCAAGAAUUUGACGGCUACAUUGACCUUGGAAAACAAAUGAGCAUUCUUCAUUCUCUUCUAUCUGAAUGCGUCAGCAAGGUGGCACCUGGUCGUCUUGCUGAGUUGGACCGCUUGAAUCGAAUCCUAGAUCGUGUUGGAGCGGCUCUUGCCCAGCCAGCUGGCAUUAUUCGAACUCAUGAGCAGGCUCAUAGUACGCCAUCAACAUACCAAUCUUUACAAAGAAAUAUUUUCAGGUUUAAUGAUCCAACUGUGAAUGGGUCAGUGAGUGGUGGUAGCCCAUUGCCUAACCAUUCACAUCAGAAUGGCAAUGCUACGAAUGGUAACAACCAUCUCAGUGUGACUGUGUCCUCACGGUCAUCCCCUGCCAUGACUCGAGCCUCAACACUACCGAGGAAUGCCUUCAGCCCAAGUGAAGAGAGCAGCACUGCUUUUAAUCGCAGGAGUCCAACAAGACUUCACCAGUGUGGCACUCAGUGUCUCCAAACCCACAGAGGAACUCGUCUGGCUAGCUCUGUGUCACACAACCUCAAUGGAAACCUGAAUGGCAAUAGCAAUUUAGACGAACUGUCUGAAUUGCUUCAUUAUGCUGACAAUGAAUCGGAUGCGAACGCCAAUAAUAAGGGCAGCCAAGUGUCAAUCUCACAGCUGUCAAAUGUCGCAUCAUCUGGAUACCAAAGCUUUGCUUAUUGCAGUCAGAGCUCCAGCCCUGUUGAUCUGUCCGUUGCUAAUAACAACGCAAACAAUAUUGCCUCUGCCCCUUUGAAUAAUGCCACAACUAAUGGAAAUAAUAAUAUUAAUAGCAAUGGUACAAAUGCUGCUUUGGCAUUUAACAACCCUGUGUACCAUCUUCAACACAACCAUUCAAUGCAGGUGAAUGGACUUCCCACAACAGUAAAUGGCAUUCACAACUCUCUAAAUUCUGCUGCUCGUCUCCAUAAGAGGCGGCAGAGGUCGUGCAGCACUUCAUCUGAUGAGAAUCUCAAUGACAACCGGAAUGGAAGUGCUGGAAGUGGUGGAAGCGCGAGUCUUGGAAACAAUGGAGUAGAUCUGUCGCCAUCAACUCCAUCCACUCCUACACCUCCCCUUGCAAGAAGGUUUCCACCAGGACUGCGUGCUCCUCGGACAAACCCUCAGUGCCCAACUCGUACAAAUUGGAGGGCGGUAGCUAACAGCCAGCAGCAACUUUCUCCUCAAACCCAGUCCCGACAAUAUGUGUCAGAUGAGGUGUGCCCAAAACUUCGUCGCCGCUUGUCUUCAGAAUCCACCCGAGACCUCUCAGACUCUUCAGAUGAUGACAGCAUCAGCAGGAGGACUAACAGUAAACUGAGAAACCACCGAAAUGUUGACCAACCCACACAGUACGAAAGAGAGAUAGAGAGACUGCAGUCAAGCGUGGAGCUUCUGAAACUGAAACUGGAGCAGGCUGAGCACCAGCUUUCAUCCGGCAACAACACACCUGAACCUGAAAGAGGAAACCGCGAAAGGACGCUAGAGCGACGAGAGAGAGAUGUGGACGUAACCAACUCAGAGGAUAACAUGAAAAAUAUUAUUGCAAGGCUCAUGUCUGUAGAGGACGAACUUCGACGAGAGCAACAGAAAAUGUCUGAUGCCCUUUCCCACAAACAACGAGUCAUUGAAGCCCAAGAACAUCAAAUUGCUGCCCUGGACGCUGCCAACAACCGACUACUUUCUGCACUGGCUACUUUGAAGGACCGAUACGCCAAGCAAAGUGGCAGCUCUCCAAACAGUGAGAGUGGUAGCCCACUCCACUCUACUAGUGGUACAAUGAAUGGGACUGUUAAUGGUCAGCAUAAUGGGCACACACAAGCUCAACGGCUUCUUGCAGAGCUGAGUGAACUUAAGAGCUCAUCGUGUUGAGGAAUGUGGGUUAAUACUCCAAAAGCAUCAGACACAGGACAUUACAUCACCUUAAACCUUCAAACCUAGUUUGUAAUCUGCCAUGAAAAUGAUAUGUUCUAUAUGCCUUUGUUAAUGUUCAUGACAGCAACAUGACAGUAACAAAUUUAAAAAGAAAAGUUUGGCAAUGGUAUCAUUCUAUGAACUUAGAGUUAUCUCUUAUAGUUCAGCAAGAGUGAAUUUCUGUUGCAAAUAUUUUACUUUCUUGUACUUUCUUGUCUCAUGUACACAAUUAAUUUUUAUCUGCUCUCACCAAUCGGAGUCUUAGACCCUUUUGUAUUGGUUGUAGAGCUACUCUUUAAGACUGCUUGGUCACAGUCGCACUUUACUGUGAUCAAACGACAAUUACCUGAGAAAUCUCCUGCAGGUUAUUGUGACCUACAUUGACCAUUUCAUUCUUUUAAAGCUGUCAGUAUUUUCUCAAUAUGUUAGUUAUAUACUCUGCAGUAUAAUUAAAAUUUUGAUAAGACUCAAAGGAGCACUGUUGUGCCACUUCCCACGGCCUGUGCUUUUCUCAGACUAGGAUGUAUGGAGUAAAAACAAACAAACCAUUUACCAGUAUUGUUUAUUUUAGUUUACAUUAAGUGUAUUUAUAUGUAUUGUACGUAUCUGUUUCUCCAUUCAGAUGCUUUACCAAAGAUUUCAGUUCCUUUUCUAAGAUCUGGUAUCAUCCAUUUCCACUUGUGAAUACUGGUCUGUCCUCUUUUCAUCAGGAGUUUCUGCAAGUUACCUAUGUUUUACUCUGGUCAUUUGAAUUACUGCUUCAGGUUUAUAACUCAGUUGCUUUCAAAGAGGGUGUUGAUGAUAUCUUAACUUAGAAAAUGUUCUGUACUGAUAUUUCACUGUUCUAGUUACUUUUUGUAUAGUUUUAUCCUCAGUUGUGGCUUGUAAAGUUAAAAUGGUAUGCUAAUUAAUUUCAAGGAUUGACACAGAUUUAGUACAGCUUUGCUCUGUACAACAGUACUAGUGUGACUUGACAAAUGCCAUUAUUACGAGACCUUUUUAAAAAAAAUUGUUAUAUGUACUAGGCACUACAUGUGUGUCUCAUACACUGAUAAAAGAACACCUAUCCUUCACAGCAUAAUUCUCAGCCUGUAUUGCAAUGACAAUAUAUUUUGUUUCUGCACUGUGUAGAAUACUUAACUGUAUUUUGUAGCUAAACCUGCUGCAGCUACAAACAAAUUGUACCCAAACUGGCAUAACUUUUUUUUUAAUGUAAAUAUGUGUCUUUUUUGUACAUAACAUACUUGAAGAAAUGCUAGCACCAUAAAAAAAAUAUGUCACAUUGAUAAUUAGGAAAAAAAUAAACGGUCUUCCCAGUGCCAGACUAUAUUUCCCACUUUCUUUCUGAUUAAUGUUUUCAUUUUGUUUACUUUUUUUUGUUAAUGAAAACCUCUAUAUAUUUAUAUUUUGUUUUCUUUUUAAAGCUUUAUUUCAUUGCAUUUGUAAAUUUUCUUCGCAUGCUUGACUUGCGACUCUUUGUUGUUUCUGAAUCAAAUUGUAGAUAUAUUUGUUGAUUCAUGUUGUCUGCACAGUUUCUCUCACUUCGUGUAUAGUCUAUUGCAGUCUGUAAAUGUCAUAGUAAUAGUUUGUAUUUAUCAUUACAUGGACAAAAUACAUUUUUAUUAGAAGUAA